UAAUGAUCGUGGAGGUAGAAAGCUAAAGACGGGGUGGGACAUGACAACAUCCAGAACCUCUGAUCCAGAACAAUGAAAAGAUGGCAGAGCUAGAAAUAUCUCGAUCUGGACAGACUCAUGACAUGCUCCAUCCCUUAACAUCUCUGGAGUGGGAGGAAAUGCCCUCUCUACCAAUGGAUAUGAUAAAUGCCUGUUCAGUGUAUCUGAAUGGAACAUUCUAUGUUGGAGGAUGGAGUAUUAUACUGUACUCAUUCAAACUUGGAGUUGACAGCACAUGGACAGUGACGGACACACCCACCUUUGGGUAUACCCUUGCCGUCCAUGACUCUGAAUUGCUACUGGUUGGUGGGAGAGUGUAUUCUACAGAAGAGAUAACAACAAACAAAAUCUUCACGAUGAGGGAUGAACAGUUUGUUGAAGUAUUGCCUCCUAUGAAGGAGAAACGAAAUUCACCAUCUGCUGUCAGUAGUGGGUCUGCACUAGUUGUGGCUGGGGGGACGAAUACCUCAGGAGCACUCUCCUCUGUGGAAGUGUUCAAACAUGGCCAGUGGACGACUGCUCCCUCCCUACCAAGUGCAGAAUAUAACAUGAAGUCUGCUCUCCAUGGUGACCAGUGGUACCUGAUCACGGAUGAAGGGAAAGCAUUCUGUGCAUCACUACAAUCACUCAUAUCUGGAGAUGUCCAGUCGCCAUGGGAGACGCUACCUGAUGCUCCUAAUCUCUAUUCAGCUGCUGCCUUCUUUGGUGGACAUCUCUUGUCUAUUGGAGGGGGUUUCCCUACCCGCACACCAACCAUCUAUGCCUUCUCCACAUUCACCCAGUCCUGGGAACGUGCUGCUGACCUGCCUCUAUCACUGGAUAGGUGGCCAACAGCUGUUGUCCUGUCGAGCAAACAACUAAUUGUGAGCUGUGGUGCUAGAGUACUUCACGGAAAAUUUAAAGUGACUGCAUUUGAUGCUGACAGUCACUUCACUUUGAGAGCUAUUGAUCGCCUCAAAGCCUCUGCAGGAAUCUCUCUGAUAGAGGAGCUUGUACAACACACCUCACCCACUGCCUUCCUAGCUGUUGCUGGUAUGGAUGUUCGGGCAAUGUACAACCACACUUUGAGAGAGUGGGAGUCAGGACGUGGACCACACCCACCCACAUGGGCAGAGCUGUUCAGAGUUCUCAAGGAGAUGGGCUUGAGUGAGCUGGCUGGUCGAAUAGAGAAGUACUUGAGAGGGUCGGUUCCUGAGGACCCACCUCGACCACCCCCUGAUGACUCAAAGGAAGAGAAAAAUAGUGAGGUCCAUCUAAGCCAUGGAGACAAAGAACAAGAUUCAUUAGGUGGAGAAAGUUCUGUGACUGAAUUGAGAGCUGAAAUGAAGCGACGGCUACCAGAGUAUGAGAGUCUGGAGGUGGAGCUGGAUAAGUUGACAGAUGAGUAUGACGAGCAAGCUGACAAGAUUUACCAGCUAGAAAAAGGCACAAAAAUCGAUUGUAUAAUCAGUUACGUAUUCAGCUGUGACCAUACAGAAAAUGAGCAUCUGCGAAACGAGAAUCAUCAUCUCCGAGCCGAGAGCAAAGGACUGGUUCUAGAGAAGCAGGAACUCAAGGUUGAACCAGUGAAAAGUGAAGAACCAGUCUCACAGCUACUACCUUUGGAACUGCCUACUGUACAGCAUCAUGCAAUACCAUUCAACCUCCCUGGCGUUGAAGUGGUGGCCAGUACUUGUGUGAUUGUCACCAACUCACCCCAAACCUUCCACUGGGUUGGCUAUGGAUUUAAGCUCACCAUACCCCAGGGCUCCCUGCCAGCUGGUGUUGAUCAGUGUCGACUAGACAUCAAGGCCAGUGUAGCUGGACAGUACCAGUUUCCUGACAAUCUCCAGUUGAUCAGCGGUGUCUUCUGGAUGCGUCCUUAUCCGUCGGGUCAAUUCCAACAGCAGCUGACAGUCGAGGUACAACACUGUGCCAAGAUGACCAGCUCCACUAAGCUCUCAUUUGUGAGAGCACAUUGCUCCCAGGAGAGUCUGCCCUACACAUUCAAACAGCUUGAAGGGCGUGGCUCCUUCACUGAGCACAGCUCGUAUGGAUCACUGGAGCUGAGCCACUUUAGUGGACUGGCUGUAACUGGAGAGGAUGUGGAGAGAGUGUACACUGCCAGCCUCUACUACCUUGGCUCAGAGCUGCAUAGCAGGGAAAUACAUUUUGUUGUCAACUGGGAUAAUGAGAUUCAUAACACGCUUGUGAGUGAGAAGUACUCCUCUAAAAGAGCCGUUCUCGGCGUGAAUCAUUUUGUUGAGUUCGAGGAAGACAGUUUAACACUGGAUAUUCCUAAGGCUGGUGCUAAAGUCAAAGGAGGAUGGAAAAUAACGCCAAUGUUUCAUCCUACGGUCAUCAAGAAGCAUGUUGAUCAGUUCAAGCCUGGACAGAGAAUUCCGUACUGCCACUUGAACGCUGAGAUGACAAACAAACGAAAGAAAUCUACUCCAAAGCUAUUCCACCAAGUCAAGCUAGUGGGUGCAAAAGUUCCUUACAAUUUCAUAACUAUUAAUCUGGACCCCCAACGUACGCUUCCAGAAACCACAUUCGGUGACCUGAUAAAAUUCAAACCUAUUGUGUCAUCUCAAGGCAUUGCUGUGAACGAGGAUGAUAAAGGAGAUAAGAAUCAAUUAGGCACUAAAGAUUUGCAAGAAGUGUUUUCAAACUUGAUGGAAGUCGUUACUAAUUGGUUUAAUUUGGGGCUUUCUUUGGGAAUUCAAGUUGGUACGCUUAAAGCCAUCAAAUCUAAUGAAAGCAACGACCAAGAUCGCUUGCGUGAAAUGCUGACCCACUGGUUGCAGUACUCACCUUCUCGUACAUGGAAUGACAUUUGCAAUGGCCUCAGAAGUGACACUGUCAAACAAAUCAAUCUAGCAGAUAAAAUCGAAGAGAAAUACAAAGUAGCCCCUCUACAAGUGCCCAACCCGAUGAGUGCACUAGCAAUACCAGGUCAGCAAUCUGGCCGGGACUAUCAUCCAUGGCCACUAGCCCCCAUUUUACCAUCGCUACAAGAGCACUCGUCCCGACCACACCCCCUCACUGGUGAGAAGAGAGAGGCCACUGAACACAAUGAGCAAGUUCCCCCCAAGAGACCUCGGUCAGAGGAGCAGUGAGGGAGGAGAAUGGACUACGUACACUGUCCAGCUCGUCUGUUGAUGGUCGCCUCCUCAGAGAACAGAUUGAGGAAUAGUAUACACAUGCUUGACACCCUCCAUAAUUAAUUUUAUUUGCCCAGUAUAUACGAGUUGGAUUUUCUUCCAUAAAAUUAAUUUUACGUUUAUUGCUAAAUUACGUUUAUUGUUUAGAAGAUUAUUUUUUCAUUAAGGAAAUUCUCGAAUGCCAAAA